AAAACUAAGAUCUUACAAUAAAGUUGUUCCGUGCAGCUACCCCCUGUCAGAAAGAUUGGCGCUAGUUAUCACCAGGCUGAAGGUCGACGCGACAUCUACAGUGAGAUAGAUACCUUUGUACCUCAAAUUCCAAACCUCUACAACAUUUAUCAGAUUCUAACAAAAUUCAUCGUAUUCCAAGUUCAGAGAUUCCCCAAUACGAUAAUCAAGAUGUCCAUGUUCAGUCAAAAUCCUCUCAUGAAUGGUCCAAAUUACUCCUUCAAUCAAGCUCCAACCAAGCAAGGUGAUGGUUUCACACAACAUCAUGGUUUCUACCCGUAGGAAUAUCUUUCGACUUUAAUGUCCUUCCAAAACUAAUAUAUUUCUAGAUACACAGAUAACGGUGGUUCUACUCUAGCAAUCUCAGGUUCCGACUUCACCAUCGUCGCCGGCGACACUCGUUCCACAUCCGGAUAUAAUAUCAACACAAGAUACCAACCCAAAGUCUUCAAGAUCGGCGGCACAACCGCAGCUCAAGAUGAUGCGACUCUCGUCCUCUCCGUCGUAGGAUUUGCUGCAGAUGGUGAAGCACUCAAGGAACGCCUCGAUGCAAUCGUCAAGAUGUACCGUUACCAGCACGGCAAACCCAUGAGUGUUAACGCUUGUGCUCAACGAUUAGCAACCAUUUUAUAUAGCAAGCGAUUCUUCCCAUACUACGUUACCGCAAUUCUUGGAGGGUUGGAUGAGGAGGGAAAGGGAGCAGUUUACAGUUAUGAUCCUGUUGGAAGUUACGAGAGGGAACAGUGUAGGGCCGCAGGUGCUGCAGCCAGUUUGAUCAUGCCUUUCUUGGACAACCAGGUCAACUUUAAGAAUCAAUAUAUUCCGGGCAGCGGGGUGGGACAUGAAUUGGCAGAAAGAGAAAAGAUUUCAUUGCCUAGAAAUGAAGUGGAGGACUUGGUUAAGGAUGCUUUUGACAGUGCGGUGGAAAGACAUAUUGAGGUCGGUGAUGGUUUACAGAUGUUAAUCAUUACGAAAGAUGGCAUUGAGGAGAUUUAUAAGCCAUUGAAGAGGGAUUAAGGUGCUUUUUAAACAGAGCGGUGAUGCGGACUUGUAUUACUAGCAAGGCAUGUGCAUUCUCAGCAACUGCCUUUACGAAACCAGGUGUUGCUUCGGAAUUCAUGAAUUUUGUCAGAACAUUCAAAUGAAUUUGCAUGUGGUGACUUGAUUAACACAUUUGCCGCCCGAAGGAAUAUCACAGAUAAUAAAAGCUUCAUCGAUUAAACACAGGUCAGACUGAAUCACAUAGGCACACACUCUCAUUCAAGAUUUUGGGGAAAAGUUUAAUUGUACUAGUAACACAUUUACUGGUUGGUUAACUUCGGAUCGAUAAAGAAUCCAGGUGAGCCAACUCUUGGGGAGGAGCGACA